CCCCGACUUCGACAUCUCACUAUUUCUCUCUCCAUGUCUUGCUUUCUUUUCUCUUCCUAUAAACCCUCGUUCAAUUCCCUUGCCAAAAAAUUAAAAAAUUUGAGAAACUAUCUAUUUUCUCUCUCUAGAAUUAAUUCUAUUCUGUUUUUCUAUUUAAAAAAAACAAAAAAAAAGGGAAAAUAAUUUGUUGGGUUUGGCUUGGUUUGCAAGAUUAUUCCCUUUUCUGAUUCUACUUGGAUCCUAUAUUCGUCUUUGAAAAACCCAUAACCUGAUUCUGGAUCAUUUCCCUUGUUUCGGAUCUAUCUAUGCUUUUAGACAAUUACCCUCUUCAUAUAAACGAAAACCCAGAUACAGAAUAUUGAAGACCCAAAAAAAAAAAAAAAAAAAAAAAAAAAGCCAAAACUUACUGAACCAAAAAAAAAAAAAAAAAAAGGAUAAUGCAGGGUUCAGGGUUGGGAUUCCGUGAGUAUGUGGAAGCUUUAGAAGAAGAACGGAGAAAGAUACAGGUUUUUCAGAGAGAGCUUCCUCUGUGUUUGGAGCUUGUGACACAAGCCAUUGAGAGGUGCCGACAACAAUUGUCGGGGACGACGACGGAGUACUUGCACGGACAAUCAGAGUGUUCGGGGCAAACUUCGAGUGAAGGCCAUGUGUUUGAGGAAUUCAUUCCCAUGAAAAGGAUUUCUUGUUCGGAUAAUGAGGAGGAAGAUGACGGUGAAGAACAACAAUCAAUGAAGCCGAAGAAGAACAGUGACAAGGAUAAUGAUAAUAAUAAUAAUAUUGGAGAUAAGAAGAAAUCAGACUGGCUUAGAUCUGUUCAACUAUGGAAUCCAACUCCAGAUCCACCCCAUAAAGAGGAGUUGCCUAGAAAGGCGUCGGUGGUGGAGGUGAAGAGAAAUGGUGGUGCUUUCCAGCCUUUUCAACGGGAGAAAAGUGUUGCAAAGGCUAAUGGGUCAGUUGGUAAAGCUACUCCUUCGGCUCCGGAGACAAGCGCGACUCCCGAACCGGCUGCCGGAGGAGGUAGUGGUGGAAACACCAAAAAAGAAGACAAAGAUGGUCAGAGGAAGCAGAGGCGAAACUGGUCGCCGGAGUUACACCGGAGAUUCUUGAAUGCCCUUCAACAGCUUGGCGGUUCCCAUGCUGCUACUCCUAAGCAAAUUAGGGAGCUGAUGAAGGUUGAUGGACUUACUAAUGAUGAAGUCAAAAGCCAUUUACAGAAAUAUCGGUUGCACACCAGGAGACCAAGUACAGCUAUCCAUAACAAUGGAAAUGCACAAACACCUCAAAUUGUAGUUGUGGGAGGCAUAUGGAUGCCACCACCAGAAUAUGCUGCUGUAGCAGCAACCACCACAGCACCAGGGGAGACCUCUACUGUUGCUGCAACCAAUGGAAUCUAUGCCCCGGUGGCUGCACCACCGCCUACAGCGGUCACACAGCCGACGACAUCUAUAAUUAAAAGACCACAACUUAAGCAAUCUGAAUCUUCUUAUUCGGAAGAAAGGAUUAGCCAUAGUGAUGGCCAUGCUCAUUCCAAUUCUCCAGCCACUUCAUCCUCCACUCACACAACUACAACUUCCUCUUUGUUUUAAUCUCUUGAAGAAUGAUGUAAAUUUUUGUAACCAAGCCAGUCCUCGGUAGAAAGUCACCACAUCAUUCUGACCUUUUUUUUUUUUUUUUUUGGCCCCUGUUGUUGUUUCUGGACUGUAAAAUGCAUGUAGAGGAUGUUUUUUUUUUUCUUUUUUUCUUUUUUUGGAUACUAUGGAUAGUGACAAAAAAGUUUUGAAGUGGAAUAAAUUAUACAAAGAACUUGAAAGCAGAAGCCAAAAACUUUGAUGCUUGAGCA